UCCCACCAAAUAAAGGAAAACUAUUAUACUUUAAAGAAGUUGGGUUAUGACUCAAAGGAUAGAUAGAUAGAUAGAUAGAUUCUGGCUUGAUUUAAAAUUUCUACACAUCACGCACACAAAAAAGAAAAUAGUUAUUAUUAUUAAAAAGUAAAUUUGGUUUGAUUGAUUCACGUUCAGAUCUCAGGGAUGCUGGCGAUGCUUUGAUCUCGUCGGAGAAACAACGAAUCGAAUCGUUCGAUUUCGGGGACGAUGUUUCGCAUUCUGUGAACCUUGUGCUAAUUUUUGGAUUCGAUGACGUCCUCCAGCUCUAGCAGGAAGAUCCACUUUGAUACCACUGAAGAUGAACACACAGAACAUGAAGAAGAAGAGGCAGAAGUUGAGCACUUUGAUGAUUUCACUGUCGCUUCUUCGUGGGAACGGUUUAUUUCUGAAAUAGAGACAGUUUUACGGGCAUGGAUGUCUAAUGCACCGAAUAAUUUAUUGGAAAAAGGUGCAGUUCUCCUAGAAGAUUCCGGUAAUUUGUGCAAGGUGAAAUCUGAAAUGAAGUAUGCCAUGAAAAGUUACUGCAUGGAGUUCUAUUUCAAGACUGACCCAGAUGGAGAAAUUGCAGACUGGAACUUUGAUUUGCAUGAUCUGCAGUUAUGUUUUGGUGUAAAGGAGUUUUUGGUAAUUGCUCCUCAGAGUGCAAGUGGUGUGGUUCUUGAUGCUCCAGAGGCUAGCAAGCUCUUGAGUGCUGUUGCGAUUGCUUUGUCUAACUGUUCAAGUUUAUGGCCAGCAUUUGUUCCAGUUCAUGAUCCAUCUCGGAAAGCUUAUAUUGGAAUUCAGAGCAUGGGCACUGUUUUUACUAGAAGAUUCGAAGCAGAUCGAAUUGGUAGUCAGGUUCCAAUAAAACUCAUGCAUUUGGAGGGGCUGUAUGAGUUAUUUGUAUCUAAGUUUGCCUACUCCACAUUGGAUCUGUCUGUUCAUAAUUUCAAAGUCCGAUUUGCAAUGAAGUUGACAUUCAGAACACUUCCCUAUGAUGACGACAAUAUGAAAACUGCCAAAAUUAGCAAAUCUGAAGAAAAUGUUACUGGUGAAAUGUCCGAUGGGAUGCAGUGGGAUGAUGAUUGUUCUUGGAGUGGGUGGUAUUCUGCAGAAGAUCCUGUUAAAGGUUUUGAACUGAUUGCAAUAUGGUCAGAGAAGAUGGUUGAAAAUUCUAUGGAAAUGGCUGAACUGGAAAAUGCUUCACCACAUGAAGCUGAGAAGUGGUUGAUCUCUCUAAGACUUCAAGGUUCCAGUGGGAAUCCGGUUGGAUUUUCUUCUGAGUUGCGUCUUCUGGUUGAUGCAUUGCAAAUGUCAUUUGAGGCACAAUUUAUGGAAGAUUUUGUUUCAGUAGAAAAUCCAGGUUCUGAUAAUAUAAAAUCGGCAAUGGUUAUACCUUCACCAACGGUUAGAGAUCGUGUGUUGAAAGAAUUGUUUAUUGAUGGUGUACAAUUCUCAGAUUUUGCUGAUGGUGGACAUAAGGCUUCUCGAGCUAUAAAAGGCGCACCACUUGGUUCACUGUUUGCACAAUUUUGUUUACAUUCUCUUUGGUUUGGCAACUGCAAUAUACGGGCUAUUGCUGUGCUAUGGAUAGAGUUUGUUAGAGAGGUUAGGUGGUGUUGGGAGGAGUCACAACUAUUGCCCAGGAUGCCAACUAAUGGAUCAAUUGACCUGUCCACUUGUUUGAUUAAUCAAAAACUUCAGAUGCUUGCAAUAUGCAUUGAGAGGAAGUGCCAGCUGAAUGAGGAAUAUGAAGACUGUAUUGGAAGUUUGGAUCAAAUAGAUUCCAUGAGUGAGGAUGAAAGUGUAGUUGGGGAUGACUCAUUCAGUAUACAGACCUCCAGUGAUGACUUUUCUGGGAAAGUUGACAGCAGAAAGCUCGAAGAUGUGCAGCUGUCAAAUGACAAAGAAACAUCAGACUUGACCAGGAGAGGUUCUGCUGGUAUUGUUGAUUCUAUGAUGCUACUCAAGUCACAUCAAAGUAUGCAUGCCCCAUAUACACAGGAAGCACCACUUAUGACAGAAGACAUGCAUGAGGAGAGGCUUAAAGCUGUUGAAGCCUUUGGUGAUUCAUUUAAUUUCUCUGCUCAGCUGGAAAGGGAUAUCUUAACUUCAGAUAUGUCAGCAUUUAAGGCGGCAAAUCCAGAUGCUAUCUUUGAAGAUUUUAUUCGGUGGCAUUCACCUGGGGAUUGGGAAGAGUAUGAUGACCCUGAGAAAAGUAAAUCAUCAUCAUCCAGUUCUCUUGACACUAAAAAGUCAAAAGAUAGUUGGCCUCCACAAGGGAAACUUUCAAAGAGAAUGUCUGAGCAUGGAAAUUUAUGGAGAAAACUUUGGAAUAGUGCACCUGCUCUUCCUGCUUCUGAACAGAAGCCUCUUCUUGAUCCGAAUAGGGAAGGAGAAAAAGUGCUUCAUUACCUUGAAACUCUACAACCACAUGAAUUACUUGAACAAAUGGUGUGUACUGCCUUCAGAGCAGCUGCCGACACACUAAGUCAGACUAGUUAUGGAGAACUGAAACAGAUGGAGACUGAGAUGCAGCAACUUUACCUUACAAUGGCAUCUGCUUUGAGGCCUUUGCAAGUAAAUCGCUUGUCCGGAGAUAGUGAGACUAUUGAAGACUUAAGACGACUAACUGGUACUCUUGAACGAGUUGAGAAGUUACUGACUCUUGCAGCAUCCCUUCAUCGCAAGCUUUUAAAAGCACCACGACUUUCCAGAGAAAUUUUCAGCGAUUACUACAAUUUUUAUAUUCAAACAACUGACAAGGGUUUCACAGAGGACAUUGAUGAAAAGGAGUUUGACAAGAAACAAGAAGUAAGGGACGUUGAGAGGGAAGUGUUGUCAAAUAUGUUUGUUCCUCCCACUGCUAACCAAUCUUGGAGAAAAGUGUUGAGCAUGGGAAAUCUUCUCAAUGGCCAUGAACCAAUCGUCAGAGAGAUUAUUUUUUCGCUGCGUGAUAGAGUGAGUGGUAAUCACUAUGCAGCUCGUAGUGGUAAUGUUUCUCAACAAGAAAUUCAAACUUACAGAAUGUAUAUAUGUGGGACGUCUAAUGACCUACGUGUAGCACUUUCUGUUGUCUCGGGUGAUUAAUUUUAUGGUCUUUAUUUACUACAAA